CGCCUUGUUCUGAAGCUAAGCUAGCUAGGUAAUCACCUCGAGACGGACGGUGGAUUUUUGUGGAGUAGUGACAAGAAAAUGGCGGAGUGAGUGGGUUGCGCUUUGAAGGAAAGCAGCGACCCUAGGUUUCCGUAAAAUAUAAUACGAACAAAGGAGAAUCACAUAAAAGCUGUAACUUUCAUCGAAAAUUUGACAAACAAGAACAAUAUUGCCCCUCGCGGAGGUGGUACAAACAGAUUAUCGAACGGUGCUUCGCAGUACCACUGGUGUCAUUUCGAUAGCUCGACGCUAGCGGGCUAGCGACGAGGCACUGGGCGACGGACAAACACGGCACAGUAGAAGUGUUUUCAGAAUAAUUGUUUGGCCUUUUUCGUGAUAUGUGUUGGGUUUAUUUUGUAUGUUUUUUUUUACUAGCUAGCUAGUGAAUAACGCAUGAGAAUAAACGAAGUCUGUCCUAGUUCGUUAACAUUACAUUGUUUCAAGUACAUAGUUCAAGUACAUAGCACACGACCAACCAGGAUUGUAUGUUCACGAUAUGUUCUGAUAACGAGCUGGCCAAGUAGGGGAACCGACGGAGCAGUCCCAGAGAAAACUAUUUUAAACUGAUUGGGGUUGCUCGUGAUUUUGAGGAUAUGGCAAGCAGCAGCGGCUCAAAAGCCGAAUUCAUUGUCGGUGGAAAAUACAAACUUGUCAGAAAAAUUGGAUCUGGAUCAUUUGGUGAUAUAUACCUGGCGAUCAACAUCACAAAUGGAGAGGAGGUAGCUGUAAAAUUGGAAUCUCAGAAAGCCAGACACCCACAGUUGUUAUAUGAAAGCAAGCUGUACAAAAUAUUACAAGGAGGAGUUGGAAUCCCACACAUAAGGUGGUAUGGCCAAGAAAAGGACUACAAUGUCCUAGUGAUGGACCUGCUGGGACCUAGUCUGGAAGACCUCUUCAACUUCUGCUCGCGCAGGUUCACAAUGAAAACUGUACUAAUGCUCGCAGACCAGAUGAUCAGCAGAAUCGAGUAUGUGCACACAAAGAACUUCAUUCACAGAGAUAUCAAGCCAGACAACUUUUUAAUGGGUAUUGGCCGUCACUGUAACAAGUUGUUCCUCAUCGACUUUGGUCUGGCCAAAAAAUACCGGGACAACAGGACACGACAGCACAUACCCUACCGAGAAGACAAGAAUCUCACCGGCACAGCACGCUAUGCCAGCAUCAACGCGCACCUGGGCAUCGAGCAGAGUCGCCGAGAUGACAUGGAGUCGCUAGGCUACGUCCUGAUGUACUUCAACAGAACCAGCCUGCCCUGGCAGGGUCUAAAGGCUGCCACAAAGAAACAGAAGUACGAGAAGAUUAGCGAGAAGAAGAUGUCCACUCCAGUCGAGGUGUUGUGUAAGGGUUUCCCAGCAGAGUUCGCCAUGUACCUGAACUACUGUCGUGGGCUGCGGUUCGAGGAGGCGCCUGACUACAUGUACCUGCGUCAGCUGUUCCGCAUUCUCUUCAGGACUUUGAACCACCAGUACGACUACACGUUUGACUGGACGAUGCUGAAGCAGAAAGCAGCCCAGCAGGCUGCGUCCUCAGGGGGACAGGGGCAACCGGCACAAACUCCCUCAGGCAAGCAAACUGACAAACCCAAGAGUAACAUGAAAGGCUUCUGAGCAGUAAGACAAUGAAAGGAAGCAGAGCAGAGUGGCCGUAGCAGGAUUUGCCUUCCAAUCACACCCCGGCAUCCAGGAUCAAAUUCACCAGAACCUGCCAGGCAUUGUGGGCAACCCUUUUUUCCUGUUAAAGAACUUUCCUUCCAUAUACUAUAUAUGUAAUCGCUCUAUAUAGAUAACAUGCUCUGCAUAUAUCUAUAUAUUGUUAUGUAUAUACUAUAUCCACACCGAAAGCAGGCUUGGUAUGGAAUUUUCCGAAGCUGUAGCCUUCUCUAUUGUCCUGCCCCUGAAGAUUUUUUGUUUCUUCAAAACGGAAAACUAAGAAAUGGUUGGCUCACUGCGGAUGUUUGUGCACCUGCCAAUACUUUCCCCUUGAUACUUUCUCCCUCUGAGAGCUGCUGUUUGGGUGCCUCCCUCACCUCAUGGCUGCCUGUCAGAGCAGCUUUGCCCCCAUUCCCUCUGUCACCGAGUGUGGCAUGAUGACCCAGACACACGUCAGUCAGAUUGAACAUUUGAAACAACCAUUUUCUCUUCCUUAUUCAACUUUUUUCCCUCAUCCUCAAGCAAAAUGAAAGAUGUAAUCUGAAACUGUUUCCUUUGUUAUGAAUGAAUCCUGGGUAUUUACUAAGCAAACAUUGGAUUUAUUUUGUUUUCAUAAAAAAGGUAAUUAAGAUUCUGCCUGCAGAUAUGUGCUAGAAGAGCUUCUAAUGUGAAGAUGAAAACACUAGGUUUCUCUUUAGAACGCUGUAUUAAUAUUGUACUUCUGAAGUCUCAAACAACGAAUAAAAAAUAUGAACUCCACAAAAGCAUAUUCAUUAUAAAUUAGGCACCACUUGACUAAACCUGUUUGUAAAUUGCUUAGAAAAAAUUAUGCAUCAAUGAAUUUAUUUUGAAAAUGUUUUUGUUUCAUGUAAUUGCUAUUAUGGAUGGCCUCAAUGUUCCGUUUUUGAGACAGACAAACGUGCUCACUCCACCCGCCCUUCCUGUUAUAAUUUAUAUAUAUAUAUAUAUAUAUAUACACACUUUUUUAUCAGAACGUUUUUUUCAGUUUUAUAGUUGUCUUUCCCUGUAUUGAAUUGAUAAUUUUGGGGAAAGGGUGUUUUUGUUACUUUCUAAGGGGAAGCAGAUCCUGUUGUAAAAUACUCUGGGUCUUUCUCUCUGCAAAUACAUAUUGCUGCUGCUUAGAGUAGCAACCGUUUCCUAAUUUUCAUUUUUUUUUUAUUGCGAAGAAAGUGUUGGAGGGUUUCUUUUUUUUAUAUACUUUGAGUCUUGUAAGGCAAGAACCAUUUGGAUUUCAGUCAGCCUGUAGUCACAACAGAUGCACACCAGGGGCUGUUUGUCCCGUCCCCCACACAUUAUUCCCCCUGACCCAGCAUUAGCUAUUUUACAGCUGGACGUUCUAUAAAAGUGUAAUUUAUUCCCUUUUAGCAUGUCAGAAUAAAUUCAAAUGACUUGUCAGCACCACUGUCCCAGUCUGUAAUUUGAAGAACACACGGACUUCUGCCUUAUGCCUGGAUGAUGAUGGCUGUUGAAGAAGAAAAAAUAAGCAUUUUUUGCUUUCCAUUUGCUUGUCUUUACACAUUUACCUGUUGACUACCACACAACCUUAGUAUUGUAAGCAUUUGGAAACUGGAGACAUCGGCAGGAUUGGGGAUAGAUAAGGAAAGACUUUUGUUCAAAGAUAUCAGACUCAGAUUGCUCUAGACAAAGGGACACAUUUGUGGAAAUGGUCUAAAAGGGUAUUGCUGUAAUCUAGAAAAAGCAGUUCCUGGUAAAUGAUGUUGUUGGGUUGGUGGGUAGUUGUAGGUGCUUGUGGUGGUGUUUUGAAAAAAAAUCUUCCAGGAUUUAUAUCUGUAAAUAUUAAAAUGGCUUCAAAUGGC